AUGGGUUGUCCCGGAGAGGCCUGUACAGCCGAGUGUGAGUGUAGGGCUGCGGCAGCGUGUCCAUCGACAGGUGUGUCGGCAGUGCACGUACCAGCCGAAUCAGUACCUGCUGCUCCGCCAGAGGAACCGGUUAGUGCGCAGGAGCCGCAAGGCGAGUUGCCACAGAUUGGGCUUGUAGGCAGUGGCAAUGUGGGCAAGAGCGCCAUGGUCUACAAGUUGGUGCGUGGGGGACAGCUGCAGGAGCAUAAACCUACGCACUACGAAGUCUGCACCCACCAGCUGAAGGUCGACGGGAAGGAUGUGAAGGUGAAAAUCGGGGACGCGGGAGGCGACGCCACCAACUCUGAAGCCAUGAAUAAGAACAUCCUGGAGUCGAACGGCUUCAUCUUCGUGUAUGACAUCACCAAAAAAGACACUUUCGAUGAACUGCAAAAGAUUCGACUCCACGUGGUUCAGUUGAGGAAAACGCAAGGGGAUUUUCCUGUGGUCAUCGUAGGCAACAAGUCGGACUUGAACGCACAGAGAGUGGUUCAAACCAAACAGGGCCAGGCACUAGCACGAUCCUUGAAAUGCCCCUUCUUUGAAACAUCAGCAAUGACCGGAGAGAACAUUAACCAGGCGUUUCAGGCAGUGUACUCGGAGAUUCAGAACAAAGCGUCAGGUGGGGCCAAGAAAGGGGCCAAAAAGGGCUGCUGUGCGGUGCUUUAA